AUGUCAGCUACCCCACCGGACCAGCGCUAUGUCGUCUAUCCAACGCCAUCUGAAGAGAGCACGGAAGAAGAACAGGAUCAGGACGGCCAGCAGGAUCGAGACGAGGAUGAGGCUGAGGCUGAGGACGAGGACCAGGACCAGGAUGAGGACCAGGAUGAGGAUGAGGAUGAGGAUGAGGAUGGGAAUGAGGAUAAGAAUGAGGAUGAGGAUGAGGAUGAGGAUGGGGAUGGGGAUGAGGAUGAGGAUGAGGACGUUGGCGCCUAUCUCGGCCGUCAUUGGGAGUCUUCGCUCACGCGCACGGGACGCGGGUCUACUCCAGAGGACAUCGAGACCACUGAGCAUGAGCCGGUGUCUCUUGCUUCGCACCCCAGGGUUCAGGAGAAUCUGAAGAAGUACGGGAAAGAGGGAUGCCCUACGUCCAUACAGGUACACCACAACGUCAACGGUGACCUCCUCUCCUCUCCCCGUUCUCUGCAACCUGGCGAUGCUGUACUCGUGUUGCCUCCGUCCUGGAAAACGGAAGAGCCUUGGCCGGCCAUAAUUCUGUGUGAUGACAGUAACGGCCAGAUACUGGUGCAAUGGUUCGAGCGUCCGGACAAUCUUAUUGCACGUUUGUGCGAUUAUGAAGAGAUAACAUGGGUAGCAGAAUGCAUGAAGCUUCUGAACGAUUGCAAGAAGGCAAAGGCCAAUUAUAAUCUCCUAGUCACGAGCGAGAUCGACUCAAUCGCGAAAGGGAGCGUCCUCGCGGCCCCGUCAAUAAGCCAGUUCAAGGCUAUGUACAACUUGUAUCCCAAGUCUUACAUCGACGUCGACGUCGACAAACGUAGUGGCCGUCCCACGUUCGCGAUGAAAAGGAAUCAUAGGCCUCACGUCCUUGGAAAGUCCACCUCGCAGCCCUCUGCAGAAAGGGCUCCAAAACGGGCCAGGCUGGAAGUGGCGUCUGUGGAUGAGAAUCAUGGACGCUCAACCAAGAAGCGCGGCACCAAGAAGCGCGGCAGAAAGGGCGGGAGAUUACUUAAGGACCCGUCCCCGGAAAUCUAA